AUGCCUGUACCCCAGCGUUCCCCCGAUGUUCUCCAUCCCUUUCCCCGAGCUCGAGCUACUGCUGCUUUAAGGGCUGAAAAUGAAACUCUACGGGCCGAAGUAGCAGACCUCCGCAAGCUUCUGGAGACAUCCCGGGCUGAAACUUCGAUGCUCACCUCCCUCCUUCGGGACACUACGACUUCUUUGGACGAUCGUAACAAGGACCUAGAGGCGAGUCGUCGUGCCCUGCAAGAUGUCGCAGCAGAUCGCCUGGAGUAUUCCCAUGUUCUGGCUCAGUUUAGGGCUAUUGAAGCUGAACUGCCGGAAGCUCCCUUGGAGGACGCGCUUACAUGGUUUCAUCUUGUGGUUGCGCAGGUAGACUCCUAUAGGGAAGUGGCCAUAAGGCAGAAGCAGGAAAUUUUGGAGCUUCGAGAACAGGUCGACAAGGAACAGAAGCGUUCUUUUGAGGCCCAUGAGGAGCUGGAUGCUGCUAACGCGCAUGUUAUACGUUUACGGGACCGUCUGGAGGACCUUGAAGAAACCGCUCAUGUCGCUGAGGAGCUUAUUCGUAAAUAUCCUGAGGAUGAGGGGCUGUAUGAGGUGGAUCUACCCUCGCUCUCCUCCUUGCAGAAUAAGUUGACGGCUUCCGAGGCGAUGUCUCCUCCAUCCUCCGGAACGGAUGAGAACUGUUGUCGAAUUGGCUCUGGAGUAUCUGUCAUGCCUCGCCCCAAAUUCCAUAGCCCAUAA